AGUGACGCGCGGCAGGCUCCAUCGGGCGGCAUGGAGGAAGCGGGCGGUGGAGCACCGGCCCCGGCGCUGGCAGAGCUGCAGGCGGACGAGUGUUAUGCUGACUUCUUCAGAGAGGACUUUGAUGUGAAAGCUUACACGUCGCAGUCGAUCCAUCAGGCGGUGAUAGCUGAGCAGCUCGCAAAGCUUGCCCAAGGUAUCAGCCAGCUGGAUAAAGAGCUUCACGUACAAGUUGUUGCAAGACAUGAAGAUCUGUUGGCUCAAGCAACUGGAAUUGAAUCCCUAGAAGGUGUUCUCCAAAUGAUGCAGACCAGAAUUGGUGCUCUACAAAGUACUGUUGAUAGAAUUAGAGCCAAAAUUGUUGAUCCCUACAACAAAAUAGUGUCUCGCACAGCUCAGCUAGCAAAGCUUCAGGCUGCCUGUGACUUGCUGCGGAGGAUAAUACGCAUCUUGCAUCUCAGUAAAAGACUUCAAGGACAACUACAAGGGGGAAGCAGGGAGAUAACAAAAGCUGCCCAGAGUCUCAGUGAACUUGAUUACCUUUCUCAAGGGAUAGAUCUGUCUGGAAUAGAAGUAAUUGAAAAUGACCUGCUUUUUAUUGCAAGAGCUCGGCUGGAGGUAGAAAAUCAGGCUAAAAGGUUACUUGAGCAAGGUGUGGAGACUCAGAGUCCUACUCAAGUGGGGACUGCUCUUCAAGUUUUUUAUAACCUUGGAACUCUGAAGGAUACCAUUGCUAAUGUGGUGGAUGGAUACUGCACUGUGCUGGAGGAGAACAUAAAAAAUGCUUUGGAUAUCAAAGUACUGACCCAACCAUCUCAAACUGUUACAAGAGGUGGCCCUGGUAGAGCUGCUAUGCCAACACCUGGGAACACAGCAGCUUUUCGGGCAGCUCUCUGGACCAACAUGGAGAAACUCAUGGAUCAGAUCUGUGCUGCUUGUGGACAGGUGCAGCACUUGCAGAAACUAUUGGCAAAGAAAAGAGAUCCUAUUUCACAUGUCUGCUUCAUUGAGGAAAUAGUUAAGGAUGGACAGUCUGAUAUUUUGUACAAAUUUUGGACUGCAGUAACUCAGACUCUUUCCUCUCAGUUUCAGUCUGCAACAGACUCUUCUAUGUUUUUGAAACAAGCUUUUGAAGGAGAAUACCCUAAAUUACUGAGACUUUAUAACGACUUGUGGAAGCGCCUGCAACAAUAUAGUCAAAAUAUUCAGAGGAAUUUUAACACAAGUGGAAGUCCUGAUCUCUUUACUGAACUACAACAAAUGGAGGAAGAUGCACAGGACAUAUUCAUGCAAAAAACCCAAGAUUAUGACCCAGAAAAGGCCUUGAAAGAUUCGCUGCAACAAUAUGAAGCUGCUUAUUUGUCAAAAUCCCUGUCUCGACUCUUUGAUCCUAUCAAUCUUGUCUUCCCUCCUGGAGGUCGGAACCCUCCCUCUUCUGAUGAGCUUGACAGCAUCAUCAAAACGAUAGCCAGUGAGCUAAAUGUGGCUGCUGUUGAUCCAGACCUCAGUUUAGCUGUGGCCAAAAAUGUGGCAAAGACCAUUCAGCUCUAUGGUGUAAAGUCUGAACAGCUUCUGUCUACUCAAGGAGAUGCCAGCCAGGUGAUUGGACCUCUCACAGAGGGACAGAGAAGGAAUGUGGCUGUAGUUAAUUCACUACACAAACUACACCAAGCAGUUCUGAAGGUUGUUACCAAUCAGAACUCAUUCCCAGCAGCUGCUGAGGAAGCGAUCACAACUGCCUUGAAGGCAGUCCAUGAUCUAAUGGGUAGUGCUGUUCAACCAUUACUGAACUCUGUAGGAGAUUCAGUAGAAGCUAUUAUCAUCACGAUGCACCAGGAAGAUUUUUCUGGAUCAUUAUCCAGCUCAGGAAAACCAGAUGUCCCUUGUUCUCUGUACAUGAAAGAACUACAGGGUUUUAUAGGAAGAGUCAUGAGUGACUACUUCAGACAUUUUGAGUGCUUUGACUUUGUCUUUGAUAACACUGAAGCCAUGGCACAAAGAGCAAUUGAACUUUUCAUUCGCAAUGCCAGUCUAAUCAGGCCCCUUGGUGAAGGUGGGAAGAUGCGGCUUGCAGCAGAUUUUGCACAGAUGGAGUUAGCAGUAGCACCGCUCUGCCGCCGAGUCUCUGACCUAGGCAAAUCUUACAGGCAGCUGAGGUCGUUCAGACCACUGCUGUUCCAGACCAGUGAGCAUAUUGCCAGCAGCCCAGCCCUGGGAGAGGUUAUUCCAUUCAGCAUUAUUCUUCAGUUCUUAUUUACAAGAGCACCGCCAGAGUUAAAAUCACCCUUCCAGAGGGCUGAGUGGUCCAUUGCCCGCUACUCUCAGUGGCUCGAUGAUCAUCCUUCUGAGAAAGACAGGCUUGCACUCAUACGAGGUGCACUGGAAGCCUAUGUUCAGUCAGUCAGAGCACGAGAAGGAAAGGAGUUUGCUCCCGUCUAUCCCAUAAUGGUUCAGCUGCUGCAGAAAGCCAUGUCAGCCCUCCAGUGAGCAGGAACACAGCCACUCCCCGUGGUGCCACAGCUCUGCUUAGGGUUCAUGUAAAGUACCUCCACGCACAUACGCUUUACAGUGAGGUAUGUUUACCUACUUGACCUGUGGAGCUUCUCUCCUCACAUUCUGAUGGGAAUUUACACACAAAUGUUGUUAUGAAAUUGUACCCUUGUUAUGUGCUGUUAAAAAUUAAUCGUUCUCCAACAUUCCUUUUGCAUUUAGAAACGCGUAAAAUUAGAACAUACUCAAAUAUUACAGUGUAAUUGCUGAAUAUCUCUAAUAAGGAAGUAGCUCUUUUUUUCCUACAAGUGCAGUCUUAAAGAGUUGAAUACAUAUUAGCCUUAUUCAGAAAACUGUCCUUUUGAAAUGCCAGACUCAUCAGUUUCCAUCUAAAAAUCACUAAUUUUAACACAAGGAAAAAUACUUAUAAAUAACAUCAAUGAUUUGCUCUUGCUCUUCUGUCACUCGGGAGUCAUUUAUAAUGAUUUCACCUCUCUUUUUGCCUCAACUGUAAUAAAGAACACUGCCUUUCCAAUCCUGAACUCAGUAUUUCAAGUUCUUCAGCAGCUUCCGAAGCAUGAAGUAUAAAAACAGACUCUUGCCAGGCUCACACAGAGCUUUCCUGGGCUGGGGGUGACCUGACAUGGCAUCAUCUUCAUUUCAUAAAGUACACAGCACCAAAUUUUAAUGAAUUUAUUUGAAAUAAUAUACAAGAAUAUAGUGUGCAAAAAUCUUAGGGGCAACAUCACGUAGACGUGUCAAACUGAAAUUUACAGUUGUGAUUCUUAAAAAAAAAAGAAACACACAGCUGUUUAGUACAUGAAAAGCCAUGAUUGUAGUUCACAGCAGAAGCAACUGUAAUCCUACUGCAGCCGCUCUAAGUCAGACAGUUGGAGGAGGAAAUAAAAGUAAAGUGCAAGUGUUGCACGUAUAGUUAAGUGCAAAGUUUGCCCCCACCAUAAAGAGGUCUUAUGGCGAAAUAAAAUAUUGCAGAAUAUGUGGCAAAGACCAAACACAAAGUUAAAACUACUCGGUGACGACGUCAACAGCACCAUUUUUUCUUGAGAUAAUGUUGUUUAUUCGUUUUGCCCUGGCCCAAGCCCUUGGUUCUGGUGGAAGUGAGGGCUCUGCUACUGCCAGCUGGUGCGAACAUCUCACUGCGGAUACAGAUGCAAUAGGUGGCGACCCAAGAAGCAGCUCCCGUGCUACAGCUCACUGUGCUCUCCACUUCCCACAUGUCCUGCCAACUUGUUGGCAUCUGGGCAGACUGGGAGGCUACUGGUAAUACACUGCUUGCCAUUUCAUAAAAUCCCAGCCCCCAGAAUCGUAAUUAAUAAUAUGGUUGUGCAAUACAUAUAAAUCAGCAAUAAGAAUCGAUGUAUAUAAACAGCUGUUACAUAUUUUAAAAUUCCCCUUUUUGUACAUUUUCUUUUAAAAAUAAACAUUUAUACACA